AACAAUGUUAUUUGGACGCACAGUUUACAUGGUUUUUAAUUGUUUCAUUGUGACAUAUGAUACGCAUAACAAAGGGGCAUGUGUUUAAGGAACAAUUACUGGUGGUGUUUUGUUAUGAAACAAUCAACACAUAAUUGGAAUUAAAUAAACUUCUUCAAAAAAAAGGCUUCGAGAAAUAUUACAAAAAAGAUAAAUUUUUAGAAAUGAUGAUUUUUUUAUAUUUAUACUAAUAAAUAUUAGGUUUUUUAGACCAGUGAAUAUUAGGAAUGCAGUUUAAAGUCCAGAUACUACAGUAUAAGAUUAAAAGUAUUUAGGAUUAGUAAAAAACUACUUCCAAUAACUUUAAUCCAAACAGUGUGUAUUUGAACCUUUAUUACAUCAUAAUCCGAAACAGUUCUUGAAUAAAUGAAACAAUCACCAUGUGUGAUCCACAAUCAUCUAUUGUUUCAAUCCAUUGUUACAUCAUAAAGGUCACUGUGAGAAAACUUCCUCAUACAGUUCCUUUCCAAUCCAUAGCUGAGGGGGAAGUAUUCAUUUCUUUAUUUGUAGAAUUCAUAUUCAUAAAUACUUAUAUGCGCAGGUUAGCAACUAGUGACAGGCAGGAAUGGAGACCAAAUCAGACUAUAUGCGUGAUUCUUUAUAAUAAUAUAAUGACUUAAUUUGUUUCUUCGAUUAGGUUAAUGAAGAUUUAAAAAUAUUUUAAACGAAACAUAGCGACAAACGACAAAACAACAGUUGUUAAAACACGCUUACAGUUAAAAAUAUUUACAUUUAGUUGGAUAAAAACAAGCUUGGCCGCUACAGUCUUUGUUCAAUUGUUUAUUAUAAGAAAACAUUUGUAAAAAUUAAAUUGUAGAAUUAAUAGGCUGUAAGUGUAAGUGUGUACAUGCAUUAAAAUUCAGGGAAACUUGAACAAGGUUUUCUGGAAUGCUUGUAGCAUUUUUAAGGCCAAGCCAUACUUUUUAUGGGUUAUUACAUAUUGCAGUUUUUUGUUUUUUUGUUUGUAAGCCGCUGAAAAGCUGCUAUUUUAACAGGUGAAUUCGAGGUCUAUAAAUGUAACUUGAAUUUACAAAUUUUGUCAUUAAAAUAAUUAUGUCAGCUAAGAAACAAAAUCAAGGUGCUUCAAUUCAGAAUGAAGCAGAAAUUGCUGGUGAGAUUAAAAAACUUUGUAAUGAGAAAGGAAUUGAGAAAAAUCCGAAAGAAACUGCCAAACUAUUACAUAAACUCGCUCUCCUGUAUUUUGGUCGAAGUCCCGACAAGAUAUGUCUGGUUCAAGCUGCUGUGUUGGUCAACGCAGCUAUUUCAAGGCAUCCUGACAACGAGCGAGAAAUGCGGGAAGAUCUGGUUCAUCUUUGUAGUGAUGUUGUUGCAGCAUCUGGAGCAAAGAGAAGCAAGGAUCUAGUGGAGCUUGGGAGCAUUGCAAAGUUGAAGAUUCAAGAGAUGAGAGAGAUGUGUAAAAUAGAGUUAGAGAAGAUGGGGAACCAAGGAUCUGAUCAUGAAAGGGAGAUGGAAAAAUAUUUAUUCAUUCGGGAACUGCAGGGAAGAAUAUCGGAACAAUAUCGAGCGAUUAUGGAAAUGAUUUCCAAAGAAAUUGUUCUCAUAUUAGGUGAAGCCCCUUGCAAGUGGGCCCAUGUUGGCUUAGGUUCAUUGGCACGAGAAGAAGUGACGCCAUACUCAGAUUUUGAGAGCGUUAUCCUGCUUGAGGAUGGUGUGCAGUGUAGAGAAGAUUAUGAGGAAAUAUUGGAAUAUUUCAGAUGGUUUACAGCACUCUUUCAGAUAGCUGUUGCAAAUGUGGGUGAAACCAUUAUACCAACUGUUGCAGUGCCUUCACUGAACAACUUCCUAGCAGAUAAUGGGGAUUGGUUCUUUGAUGUUCAUACCCCUCAUGGUGUAUGUUGCGAUGGUUUCAUGCCUCAUGCUUCUAAAACCCCGUUUGGAAGAUUUCAGGAGACAGAAGGCAAACCUUGGAAAACAGAGUUGAUUAAACCGGUUUCACUGAUGUUGGAAUAUUUAGAGAAAGAUGUGGAUUUGAAAAAUGGUUACCACCUUGCUGAUAUAUUGACUGUAACAUGCUUUGUUGCUGGUGAUGGAGAUGUUUAUGCUUUGUUUCAAGAUGGAGUAGAGUCCCAUCUCGCCUCCAACGCCGAUGACGACUCCCGGGAUCAAAUGAUGUUGAUGACAGAAGAGUUUCGUGCGUUUUCAGUGUUCAAUACCCUUCCAAACGUGCAUGCGACAAAGAGGAUCAAUGCAAAGAAAGUUGUCUACAGAAGUGUGACUUUGUUUGUUUCUACUCUUGGCAGAUACUAUGGGCUGAAAACAUGCUCCUGUUUCGGGAUUAUAUCUGAACUAAGAAACAGAGGAAUCAUCUCCCAAGAAGCUGAGCAUAAUCUUAACUACGCUGUGGCUGUAGCCUGUGAGGUUAGAUUGAAAGUUUACUUAAAAAAUGAUGGUCAGAGCGACUCAGUGGUUAUGAAAGCUGGGUUUAAUGCAACAGAAGGGGAAGAAGAUUUGACUGAGAUUGUUAAACUCGACGAUAUCGUUAAUUACUUCACAAUUGCUUUCUGCCUUCAGCAAUCCAUGAAAGAAAGAAGCAUAACUGCAGAUAUGAGCAUGCGGAAAGUUGGGCAAGAUGUGGAAAUCGCUAUUCUGUAUUACUUCAACCAGUAUACCAAGGUUUUAACAAAGUGUGAGUAUAUGAGAGAAGAGAUUAGAAAAAAAGAAGAAGUUUCCAAGGAUCUAGUUUGGACUUGUGUUAUCUAUGAUUGUCUCUUCCAUCUUGGCAGGUUUGAAGAUGCAUUGAAGGAAUGUGAAUAUGAGUUACAGCAGAGAUUGGAGAAGUUUCCUAAAGGUUUAAUGGAGAUUGUGAAUUGCCAACGCUCCAUUGGGAGAUGCCUUUAUAAACUUGAGAGAUAUGAAGAUUCAAUUGUUCAACAUAAACAUGAGCUGGAAGGACUGGACAGAAUGGGGAAUUGUAAUAAUAUGAAAAUUAAUUGCACAGAGAAUAUUUCAAUCGCUUUCUACAAGCUUGGCAAGUUUGAACAAUCUUUGGAGUUCCUUGAUAAAGAAAUGCAAUUUCUUUCUGAAGAUUUAAACUCAAGUUGGACUCUGGUGGAUAAAAGAGUGGAUUGUAUUUUAAACAUGGCAGGGGCUUUGUAUAAGUUAAAAGAAUACGAGCGCGCCUUGGUCAAGUAUAACUUGGGGCUUGAACUGUCUGAAAUGUAUGUAGCUGAUAAAGUAACUCAAUGUAAAAAUGGGAGAGCGCAUUGCUUGUUUCAGGUGGGGGAAGUAAAAAAUGCUCUUCAAGUUUAUGAAGAUGUUCUGAGUGACUUGCAAAGUUUACCAACAAACACAUGUCUUGUUACUGAUUGUUUAACAAAUAUUGCUCAUUGUUAUUUCACACUUGAAGAUUUUGAAACCGCUUUAAGAUAUUAUAAGCGUUCUAUAACUGGGUUGGCAGGUACGGAAAAAACAUUGCAUUUAAACAAAAUCGCAAUUUGCUUGGUACAGCUUGAUCAUAAUAAAACCAUCCUAACAUAAAGAAACCAAAGUGUCAAUAAAGUUGUUUGAUUGCCAAUGUAAUUUGUAAUGUUUGAAGUUACAUUUCGAAAAGAAAUAAUUUAACUGUUGUUUAAAAGAGUCAUAUACAUGAAACAGCGAGAAUUUUUAUGAGUUUUUAAUUAUUUAAUACUAUUUUUUCAUUAUUUCAUACUAUUUUUUGAAUAUUUCAUACUAAUUUUUUACUAUUUCAUACUAUUUUGUGAUUGUUUCAUACCAAUUAUUAAAUAUUUUAUAGAAUUUUAUGAUUAUUUUAUACUAUUUUUUUAAUUAUUUUAUGCAUCAUUUUGUUUAAAUUUGCCUUUAAUUGUUGUGUAUUCUUCUUAGUCGUAACUUAAUAAAAGAGA